AUGAAUGUUCUCGGGCUGGACAGAGCAAUGCCACCUCACCCAGAGGAACACAGUAGUCAAGAUGAAUUGUUUGAGCAAGAGUCGGCUUCAGGCUAUGAGUCAUAUGGUGAAAGAUGGUGUAAAGAUGCAGACCAAGAAGUUGAGUCAAAAAGAAUUCAUGAGGAAAGCUAUACAAGAAUUGAGAGAGAAACAAGACGUGGUAAGGACAUCAGACUGGAAUUAAAACGGACUAUCCCAAGGGAAGUACCCUUAUCAGUCAAGGAGUACGUAGAGGAACUGUACAAGGAAAUGGGGGAUGAGAACGUUUGGAACUUAUUGCCUCGAACUCCAAAUGGACCUGGAGAAUUUCACCCAUACCGAUUCUACCCUCCUGGCGACUGCAUCGGACUGGAGACUGGAAUUUCCGAGCAACGUCCAAAAAUAUUCUACAUACAUGAAUCCGAGACAGAAGAGGAAUUUGAGGAGGAAUGUUGGCCCGAAGCCGAAGACUAA